GCCGAGCGACGACGUUCCGCCGGCGGCUCUCGGGAGCCUGGCACGACCCUUCCCGUCCUUGUCUCCGCUCGUCCCGGCAGCCCUAUCCCGAGGGGACGGGGAGGGGGAGAGAACCAGCCUCCUCUGGUCAUCCCCAAGGAGCUCGGUCACCCUGGCACGAAGGCGAUGAGGGAAAAGCAACACCUUGGCCACCCCUAGGGCGACAUCGGGAAUGCCACCAGCGUUACACCUGAUGAACCGUGGAAGAUCCUCAUUAACCCAACGUGGUGGGAUGCUCCUGCACAUACCUCUCGCUUUACCUCUGGCCAUUCACGUUCUCACGGAUUUAGAGACUCGAGUUGAGUUUUAAACGCAGGGUUGGGGUGGGGUUUUUUUUGCCAUAGCCUAACAGGACAGCAUCUGUCUUGGCUAAGCCAGGAGAAGUAAUCCAGCCUGCAUGGACAGGGCAACAUUUGCCUGUUCCACUGCCUUUUUCCGUGACUGCAGCAGUUCAUCUCAGGGUGCACUCUGCCUCCCCGGAGGACACGUGGACUUUAUUGAGAGAGUGGAUUCCUUCACUUACUCAGACUUUUUCCGGGACUAUUUGAUUCCCAACCAGCCCUGUAUUUUCUCAGCCAAGUUCACUGAAGACUGGGGAAGUAGGAGAAAUUGGGUUACUUGGGAUGGGAAGCCUAACUUUGAGCACCUGCUGCAAAAGUUUGGAGAGGCUGUAGUGCCUGUUGCCAACUGUGAUGUCAAGGAGUACAAUUCCAACCCAAAGGAGCAGCUGCCCUUCAAGGAGUACAUCAAGUACUGGAAAGAGUACAUUAAAAACGGGUACCACUCCUCCCGAGGGUGCCUGUACCUGAAGGACUGGCACCUGAGCAGAGCUUUCCCUGAGCAAGAUGUUUAUACAACCCCAGUGUACUUCUCAUCUGACUGGCUGAAUGAGUACUGGGAUGCCAUUGCUGUGGAUGAUUACCGCUUCGUCUACAUGGGACCUAAAGGCUCGUGGACUCCGUUCCACGCUGAUGUCUUCCGCUCCUAUAGCUGGUCAGCCAAUAUAUGUGGGAGAAAGAAGUGGCUGCUGUACCCUGCAGGGCAGGAGGACUACCUAAAAGACCUCCAUGGCAACUUGCCCUUUGAUGUGACUGCACCUGGCCUUCAGGACAGGAGUGUUUACCCUCGCUACAACCAAAGCCAGCCCCCUGUGGAAAUAGUGCAGGAGGCAGGGGAGAUAGUGUUCAUCCCCAGUGGAUGGCAUCACCAGGUUUACAAUCUGGAGGACACCAUUUCCAUCAACCACAACUGGGUGAAUGGCUGCAACGUGGCUAUCAUGUGGUGCUUCCUGCAGGAUGAAUUAGCAGCUGUCCAGAGGGAAAUCAAUGAGUGGAAGGACCCUAUGGAUGAUUGGCACCUACAAUGCCAGCUGAUCAUGAAGUCCUGCACAGGGAUAGACUACAAGGAGUUCUACAACUUCCUCAAAGUGAUUGCAGAGAACAGGAUUUCUGUCUUGGAAAAGGGCCUGGAUGAGGAAGCUUCAGCAAAGAACACUCCCAAAGCUGCCAUCUCCACCUUGGGCAUGCUGCAUGCUGUGUUUGAUUUAAAGAGGGCUGUGAAGGUGUUAACAUCACUGAGUGCUAAUGAAGAUUUCAAGAAGCUAGACCUGACAUCACUUUCUCCACCUCCUGAGGCACUGCUCCACCACUUGAAAGCAGCAAUAGAUACAGCCCUGCUCUGACUUCCCAUUUAUCCAGGCCUUUGGGAAAUGAGCCUCUUGCAAGAGGGCUGUUUGGAGGAAAGAAACAGGCUCCUCCCUGUUUCACAGCUGUUGCAGUUUAAGGACAAAAAACCUUAAGGUAGAGUGUGGGGAGAGAGAGUACAUUCAUCACAAGGCUGAAUCCUUCAGUGGACAGCAUUUGAGUGGCUGGAGUGAUUGGGCAGGAAAAGAACCCCAGAUCAUUGUACCACAAGCCCUGCUGCAAUGCAGGGAAGGGGAAGAGAAAGUGGAUCAAGCUUAGGUCUCAGGGCUUAAACCAGGGAGAUCUGCACCACAUUCCCUCUGCUUCUGAGGCAGCAAACUGUACUGCAGGCUCCAGCAGCUGAGCUCUGCUUUCUCUGGUCAUACCUGCAUUGCUCUAAGACCUGUCCUGCCUCCUUGUGCAGCUCAGCCUUUCUUACUCUUGUGGUCUGGGGUUUGUUGUUAAACAGCAGAGAACCUUAGGGAGCUUCCCUUGAGGCCUGAAGCUGCUUCUGCACCUGUAGCCUGGAUGUGGAAGAGCUCCCUGCCCUAUUUUCCUGUAGUGUGGCACCUUCUCUAAAGCUGAAAGGCUUUGGGUAGUCAGCUUUCAUCCUGCCCCAGGGGGCUGCAGGCUUCAAUUUAACACAGCAGGAAGAGCAAAUCUCUCUCUGAUGAUUUAAGCAUGUGAUCCACCCAAGCUCAAAAGGAGGAACUGGAAUGUACUCUCACAUUUCCACACCCUAUUUCAAGGUACAGUAUUUUAUCAAGCAGGGCUUUGAUUCAUCAGGGAAGCUAGUGAGUAGCCUCACCUCCUAAAAAAAGCCAUGCUGUUAACACACCAAACAGCACUACUGCAUGGUUAGCACAGCACAAGUUGCAACCUGAAUGCUACACCUUAGGGCUAGAAGAGUUAUUUCCAGUGAAACAUCCCUUUUACUGGCUGUUAGUGGGUAGUGAGAAAAGCCUAGAAGCACACAAAUGGCUGCACACUGUUAACCUUCCUUGCCCCUUUUAGGGCUCACUUGAAUUACCACUCAAGAACUUGCUCAGUUUUCAACCAGAUGAUCAGUAAAGAGCAACUAAUAACCCUGUGUUUAGGAAGUGCAAUAGUAGGAACCUUCAGUUCAGCUGGAAGUUCACCCUGUUUUCUAGAGCACCCUGUGGAGUUGGUAGGUGCAUUGCAUUUGGCAUGUCCCUCUUUGCUGGUAAGUUCUGCAUUUGGGCUGAGGAAAUGAUACCUGCAGUUAAAAUCCAUACACCAGAGCAUGGGAGAAUGAAGUGUGGGGCAAAACAGACUUUGGGGCUUCACCUCAGUGAUUCAACCUUCUGGCAGGGUGUUUCUUUAGAUUGGAAGAGUGCCAGUUCUAAGCAGCUCUGGAAUGAAAAGCUCACAGCUGUUAUUUGUGGCUGUUUGUGUUCAAGACAGGCAGCUGGAGCUUUCUUCCUUAUAGAAUGAGGCAGAACAGGGUAAGGUGACAUUGCUUUGAGGUGAGGAGCAAUGGUUUCAUGUUGACAAUCAGUGUAGUGGGAGGAGAGGAGGUGGUUUUGGUUCCCCAGCCUCACUGCAUGCUGUGCAGCUGGUAUUGGCACCCACCACUCCCAACACUGCACUUCUCCAGAGGCUUUUGCUUAGUUGAACACAGCACUUUUCAUUUGCAGCCCCACAAAGCUGGAACUGCUUGGCUUUGUGUGAAACCAGCAAAAGCACAAGGCUGGCUCUUCCACCUGAGAAGCCAGGAUGAGUUUAGACACUGGACUUGUCCAUCAGCUUGGGACAGAUGCCAUGAGUCUGCUGUGAUGCAAAAAGCCAGGCAGCACUUCUCAGGGAAGAGGCAUCAUUCCUGCACUUGGUUCCUUUCCUCUGGGGAAUACAGUUGAGGAGAGAAGGUGGGUUGAAAGAGGAGGGUGGCUAAAGGGGUGCUCACUCUCACUGCUUCACCCCAUCUGUGUCUGCAGCACAGCAUCUUCAGCCCUGAAGGUGUGCAAGAGCCCUCCUUCAGAGCCUCCUGAGGCUUUAAUGUGAGACAAUGGGGGUUAAAAACCCAGCUUAAUUGCAGGAAGUGAUCUUAAACCUUGUCCCUGAGUCAUCAGGGCACAGGAGCACAGCAAUUCAGUUGUACUGAGUCAGUCUCUUACCUGGGGAAACUCCUUUGUGGUUCAGCUUCUCCAUUCCCAUGGCAGAGGCAGGAAAGGAGCCACAUCAACCUCUGAAGUUAAAAGAGGGGGGAAAGCAAAUGCCCAGAUGCCUAAAGACAGCAACAAGGUUGGAACUGAGAAGUGUGGAAGCCUGGAAUGUCUCUUAAAAACUCAACAGCUUUAUUUAAAUACAAAGUUACUGCCAGACAUCCAUCAGGAUCAUCUCAUACCAAUCUAGUAACUGUUGUGAUCAGUGUUGUACUGUUUAUUAAAGCAUAAUACUUGGUGAGAAA